AUGGCUGACGGGAGUCCGCUCCGAUUCCCUUCGCCGUCAGAACUUCUUGGAGACACAUGUAACGCCCCCGCGCUGGAGCCCUCGCCCAGCAACGCCCCCGGCGACGGCAGAAAGGACACGAAGCAUGCACGCCGCCCCAGCAGAGAAUCGAAAAAGAAGGAAGCCGCACCGCGCAAGGCCGCCGCGGUAGAGGGCAAGGAUGCCAGCGGGGCCAAGCCGAAGCAGACGAAGAGUCGCAAUGGAUGUGCCACCUGCAAAGCGAAACGACUGAAAUGCGGCGAAGAGAAGCCCAGCUGCGCAAACUGUACGCGAAAAGGCUUACAAUGCGGCGGAUACAAGAAGACUUUUCAAUGGCGCGACUUCAACCAGACCGGCGCCAAGGCGAACAUCAACCAAUUCAACUUCGUCCAGCCCCAGCCCGAGCGACCCAAGACAUCUUCGUCAGCAUCGCCCGCGCGUGCCUCUGCUGAGUCGUCCAAGACCAAUACUCCAGCCAGCGAGAAUCCGCCGAACAUCCCCGGAGCCCCUAUGUUCCAUAUCGACUCGACUAACAGGAACGUCAACAAGGCUCAAAAGCAGCUUGGCGACGAUGGUGACGCACAGCGUCGGAAGUCACGAAGUACGUCGCCAAAGCACGACGGACCAAAGCCGAGAGACAGCGUGUUCGCAGUAGCUCAGGACGACUCACCAGAUCCAGGACCUCCACCCCACCAUGGCGGCCCUCGAGACUUUGGCCCUUCCGACGAGUUUGCGAGCGUUCACUUCGAUCCGCAAUCUGCAUUUGCGUACCGGUCCCGCUCCCUGUCACCCCACCAGACCAGAGGAGCGUCGCCUACUUUGACCGAGAUCUUGGGUCAUCACUCCCCACCGAAUGGCGAUCUGGGUCAUCAGGACUUUGUCUCGUUCUCGAUGCCUGAUGAUCUUCACCUGCCUCUGAUGACCGCCGGCGUUGAUGAUCCCGGCAUGUUCGAUGACGGCAAUGGUGAUGAGGAACUCGAUUUCAUGAACCGAUUCGGGCCCAUGGAAGAGCCCUCCUUCGUAUGGCCCUCGAGAUGGCCGUCACGAAACAAUACGCCUGUAAGACGCCACAGGCAACGGCCUAUCAAUCCAUCGUUGGCGGCGCUCUGGGGCGCUCCUAUUCCGCCGGUCUUCGCUGAGCCCAACUUCCCUAUCGAGAGUGAACAAGCUCUGGUGUCGCGGUUUGACAAAUUAACCUGUGGUAUAUUGUCCAUCGCUGACGGUCCCAAUGAGAAUCCUUGGCGAAGCAUCAUCUGGCCGAUGGCUCAGCAAUCGCCAGCUUUAUACGAAGCGAUUCUCGCUAUGACAGCUUUUCAUUCGCAUGUUGAAGAGCCCUUGCUUCGCGUUGUUGGUCAGCAACACAAGAUGAACAGCAUCCAAUAUAUUCGAGAGGGCAUGAGAGACGCGAGCAUGGACGACAUGACUGCUAUAGCAACGGCAUUGGCAUUGGGAUUCUCGGAGUCAUGGGAAGAUCUCACCUCUACCGGCAAUACGCACAUCAAGGGCGCACAAGCUCUGGUCAAGCGUGUUCUUGAAGAACACCAGAUGAAUCCGCGGAUGGGUGACGACUUGCGACGCCUGAAGUUCCUUUGCAAUGCCUGGGUGUACAUGGACGUGAUCGCCAGGUUGACAUCUGUGGACAGCGACGAGUCCAACGACUUUGACAAUACAUUCAUCUUCUCCAACGAUCCAUCGAGAUACAUCAUGGGACGAGGACAUGACCGUGAUCGGGGCUUUGGUAUCGACUUUGGCAUGAACAUAGACGCAAGGCUUGAUCCCCUCAUGGGCUGUGCUGGCACUCUCUUUCCGCUGAUUGGUAGAGUUGCGAACCUGGUGAGAAAGGUCUGCAGAUCACAGCACAAUUCGCCGGGCAUAGUCAGUCAUGGCCGAGAUUUGAAGAUGAUGAUCGAGCAAUGGGACCCACCUGAGGAGAUAGAGGACCCCGAAGACCCGACUACUGGCAUUCAGCAUGCGAUUGAAACAGCCGAAGCGUACCGAUGGGCUACUCUUCUGCACCUGCAUCAGGCAAUACCAGAAUUGCCAUCAUUGACUUCGACUGAGUUGUCUCAGAAGUGCAUGGCCAGCAUUGCUACGGUACCAAUCGAGAGCAGGUCUGUCAUUGUACAACUUUACCCAUUGAUGGUAGCUGGAUGCGAAGCUGUCGACGCAGAAGACCGGCAGUGGAUUCGAGAGCGCUGGAUGGUCAUGAAGCAUCGCAUGCGCAUCGGAGUCAUUGACAAAUGCAUGUCUGUGACCGAGGAAGUCUGGCGCCGAAAGGACGACUACGAGGCCAGGCCAAUCCAUCAGCGAAAGCUCGUAAGCACUCGAGACCUUACCGCCGCGAGACAGAGGAGAUCAGCACUGGAGCCCAAGAUACCUCUGAGUCAGCGUCGACCUUUCGAUUCCAGAGACACCAACCCUGGCCGGACCGGUGUCGUCUUUAGCUUCAUCGAUUCCGACAGCGAACCAAAGGGACAGAACCUCCGCGACAUGAGUGGCCUUGACAAUGCCAGGAUCCGGAGACGAGAUAUCCAAGACCUGGUGAAGACGGAUCCCGCUUACACCGUCCGGGGCCAUUGCCAUUGGGUCGGUGUAAUGUGGGAUUGGGGAUGGGAGGUGCUCCUCUAA